CGAUGCAGGACGGGCAGCCAGUACCUAUGCCUCGUUUUAUUAGGUACCUGGUUUUAUAGCGAGUCCAUUCUCUAAUAAGAUACAUACCUACCUAAAACCUAAGGUAUUAUUAUCAACAUCUCUCCAUGAGCCACCAUGGGCCGAGAGGAGCAGGUCGAAGAACGCGAAGUUCUCGACUCCAUCUUCCCAGAUGAAAUCACAGAUAUCUCCGAAACCGAAUACCGCAUAUCCAUAAAACUCGACCUCCCCGAAGACGACAGCGAUGAAGCCAGCGAACCCCCCACCAUCGUCCUGUACGUGCGGUACCCGGAGGCCUACCCGGACGAGGCGCCGAUCCUAGACCUCUCGCCGCCGCAGCACGCCGCGCCGCCGCACCCGCACUUCGCCGUCUCCGCCGACAAGGUGCGGCUCCUGAAGGGGCUCGAGGACGCGAUCCAGGAGAACCUGGGGAUGGCGAUGGUGUUCACGCUGGUGACGACGCUCAAGGAGGAGGCCGAGCAGCUGGUCGCGGACCGCCGCGCCGCCGCCGCCAAGGCCCGCGAGGAGCUCAUCCUCGCCGCCGAGCGCGAGGAGAACAAGAAGUUCCACGGCACCCCCGUCACCCCCGAGACCUUCAUGCGGUGGCGCGAGGGGUUCCUGAAGGAGAUGGAGGAGAAGCAGCGCCGGGAAGAGGAAGAGAAGCUCGCCGAGCUGAAGAAGGCUAAGGUCAAGGAACCGGUCAGGUUGACGGGGAAGCAGCUUUGGGAGUGCGGCUUGGCUGGUAAGGUUGACGAGGGCGAGGGCGAGGACGACGAUGGUAUUCCCACCGAGCAGGUUGAGAAGAUUAAGAUUGAGGCAUGAAAAGGGGAUCGUGUUACUUAAACGUCUCGGGAUGAUCUACGCUCGAGUAUGAGACGAGUGAAAUCUAGGGUUUCGGCGCAAAUCAGGAGAAUAAAAGAAAAAAGUCUAGGUGGAAAAUUCAGAUUCGCCCUAAUUUAUUUAUGAAACACAAC